AACCUUUGAGCAGGAGUCGGCCCGUACACGCGCCCUGGACCUGAAGGGGUGCUGCGGGAGCACGUCGGUCUUGUACGCGGAGCCGCAGCAAUUGAACGUCGCGGACUUUCCGAUCAAUUUAUGAAGGCUCAUUGGUGAGCGCGCAGGGCUUUGAAAAAGAUUUAGAGCCCUUGAAGAUGGCGACAAUGGGAUCCUUAAAAUGGUUCAAAAUGCAGCCACUGCGGUAUAAAUGCGAGCUGAGCUCGUGGGUUUCCCUGAGAAGAUUCACACAUAGCAAUGACAGAGGCUGGUUCAGAUCCCUGUUUGUCCAUAAGGUGGAGCCACGGACAGACACGCACUCAAACCUGCUGUCCAAAAAGGAGACAAGCAGCUUGUAUAAAAUCCAGUAUCACAAUGUGAAGCCAGAGUACCUGGAGGCCUAUAACAGCCUGUCGGCCGAGGUGCAGAACAGACUUCAUCACGACAAGGAUUAUCCGUGUGAAGUUGUUGGAAGCUGGAACACUUGGUAUGGAGAGCAGGACCAAGCAGUGCACCUGUGGCGGUACAAGGGUGGUUAUCCAGCUUUGACUGAGUGCUUGAACAAACUCAGACAGAAUAAGGAGUAUUUGGACUUCCGUAAGGAGAGGAGUAAGAUGUUGAUUUCUCGACGGAACCAGCUUCUUCUAGAGUUCAGUUUUUGGAAUGAACCAGCACCCAGACCUGGACCUAAUAUAUAUGAACUGCGCACCUACAGACUCAGACCUGGAACAAUGAUUGAAUGGGGAAAUCACUGGGCUCGGGCUAUUAAGCACCGGCAAGAAAACCAGGAAGCUGUGGGGGGCUUCUUCACACAGAUUGGAGAGCUGUAUGUUGUCCAUCAUUUGUGGGCAUAUAAAGAUUUACAGUCCAGAGAGGAAACCAGAAAUUUUGCUUGGCAGAAGCCAGGGUGGGACACUGCUGUGUAUUAUACAGUGCCACUGAUCCGAAGCAUGGAGUCCAGAGUCAUGAUCCCAACAAAGAACUCACCUCUGCAGUGACUAAAGGGAAAUGGUAGUUGUCCCUUGGUGCGAGGGGCUCGCUGUCCUGAUACGGGGAAAAGCAGAGCAGCGACAUCUUGCACCUGCUCUAUCAUCAUCAAAAAACACAUGCAGUGUGGUGAAUACCAUGUCACCCUUUGCUGUGUUUACUUGGGUGAUAUAUGACAGACCCACAAGUGCUGUUCUGCUUUUACUGACCAAAUGUUCAUUAAGAAUUAACUUUUACAACAUACACUACUUGUGAGGUCCCAGAUUGUUACAUGAGUAUUUCACUUUGCUGUGGGGACACAUUAAAACACAGUGGGCACUUUCUGUCCAUACUGAUGUGAGUCCUGUGUCUGUACUGGUAAUAUGCUCUUCAGGACCUGGUUUACAUCAGGAGUACAAGGUGAGGUGACCAAGUUACACAAUACAUGAAGCAAUCAUAAAAUGAAAUUGCACAAGAGUGCAGUUUUACUGACAAACUUCCAUGAUUCAAAAUUCCCUGAAGGGGACUCAUGACUCCACUUCAGCUUGCUAGUGUUCUGUGGCUUUGUUGUUAACAAGGAGCAUGUAUUUCAGUCAUUUAAGUUAUACAGACUACAUUUUAAGUUUUUUCUAAUUGACUAGUUUGUUGUGCUGCUACAGUGUAACAAGUGGAAAUGGCAAACUUAGUAUGUAUGUAUGUAUAUAUUUACACACUUUUUUCUUUCCCCAGGGAAUUAUGUAAUGAGUGAUUGUGUAGAAAAAAAUUAUUUGUACACGUGUUUGCGCUAAACUCUCUCUCUCUCUCUCUCUCUCUCUCUC